AUGAUCCAACGCAUGCGCAGUCAGCUUGGCAAGAUGAAAUGGUACGCUGGCCUGACGACCUGCGAUGCGAGGAAGAAGAAGGCGGUGCGGUGCGAUAAGGGCCUUCCAGUCCAGUCAAGCGCGGAGGCAAACGAGGAGCAGGGCGAGGAGAGGCGAGCCAGAGGAGAGGAGGGGAGGGCUGGAGUCUGGAGUCUGGACUAG